UUAACUCGCGCUCGUCAUCACAUCUUUGAAAGUCGUCAACAGAUCGAGGCAAAACUGCGCGGUUUACCGCGAGAUUAUCGGAGAAAAAUAAUUACCGUGAUCGAAAGACGUCCAAAACGUCGCGCAGAGACUACAACCGCAUUGUUUACAAACAAAGCCAACUUGCGGAAUGGUGACGCCUACCAAAACAAUCCCCAAACAUUUUGUCCGCCGAUCACGGGCGCCGCCAUCUUUAAGGUCACGUGUGCCUUGACGUUGCUGUGACGUACGACCAGAACCUGUCCAGGAUGCAUUGCCAUUGCGUUCACCCAGCACGCUUUUGCCACUUUUGCCCAUGACCUACUACUAUACUACUACUAUAGAGUAGGUCGUGCUUUUGCCCAUGCUUUUGCCAUUGGAUGCCAUCCCUGUGGCCAAUCCAAUCCGAUCCAGUGCAUUUUCAUUCAUUGAACGAGGAGCGCGGCGCAGUGAACGCGUCUUCUCAGGGUACGAAGGUUUGCUAAAGAGGCUGUCGGAAGUGUCAGAGGAUCGGCGGAAUCGUGUAUCAUCACGGCGGUAGUUCACCGUGACAUCGGACGUAGCAGGAGCGUUCAUUUCAGAGAGGCCCAGAAUGAGCUCGAAAGGUGGCGAUGCUUCGGAAGCAUGGCGGCAUAAACGGAAGAAACGCAACUCAAAGUACUCUGCGCACACUGAUGACGGAUGAGGUGGCGACAUCCUUCAACUGGUGGGGCGGAGAAGGAAAAAUGAAAUUCUGCGACGCCAUGUUCCGUGAGAGAGUACUUUCUGACAUGUCCUGGCUACCUAACAAGGGGCACCAAUGCCAAGUGUUACUUCGUACUGCCGUGUAACUGUAGCGGUGGAUAUUUUGUGCUGCAACUUUACCGCCGGUUCUAUGACGAAAGCAUCAAUGAUACCCUGGUGCAAGCAAGGAACUACACUAUAGCCAAUGGACCCACUUCGUUCCCGUUCUUCUUCCCUGUGCCUAUGGUGGAUCAGGAUUACUACUACAGCCAUUACUUCAGGGCUGACAUCUACGUGAACGGAAUGUAUUUUCUCAACAUGACAGACGUUAGCUUUGUUUUCAGCCCGCAGGGUAACGUGCUGAUCCAGACUGACAAACCGCAGUACAGGCAGGGGGAGACAGUGAAGUUCCGAGUUCUAGUGCUUGAUGACAAUUUGCUGCCGAUCGUGAACCAAACGGGCAACAUUACAAUCAUGAACCCAGGCGGCCAAAUCGUUGCUGAACACCUACAGGUCGACUUUGGCGAAGGCUUGAUUCAGAGAGAGUACAGGCUGCUUGCAGUGGCAACUGAAGGCUUCUGGAGCAUUCAAGUUGGUGUUGCCGAAACAACCGGCUUCCAAUCUUUUGAGGUCACAGCCUUUACCCUGCCAACGUUUUCCGUCACUAUUACUCCUGAUCCAAACGACGUUGUGACCAACCCUACGAUCCAGUACACCAUUUGCGCACAGUACACCUUCAGACGAGCUGUAAGAGGAAUCGUGCAGAUAUUUGCCUCUAUAGCGUACUACUACUUCGAGCCUGGCCAAAUGCCCGUGGUGUACAGAGCUGACAGGAUCAACGGCUGCUACAAUUACACCUUGAAUGUCUCCCUUCUUCGAGGAAAUGGUGAUCAAGGGAUAUACUAUCCCUAUCCCAACUCAAUCAACCUCACGACUGUUGUCACCGAGCAAGGCACAGGCGUUUCCAGCAGUGCCACUAAUAUCCUGAGCCGUAGUUCCACAAGGAUCCUUCUGAGCUUCAACCAUCCCAUUUUUGAACCGAAUGGUGGAUCUCGAACUGAAGAUAACACAUUCAAAGUUGGCCUUGCAUACAAGGGACGCCUGUACGUCCAGAAGCAAGAUGGGACACCACUGCCAGGAACGAAAAUUCACAUUUGUGUCUUUGUCCGCGAGGAGCUGUAUUCGUGGCGACAAUGGAACACGUUCCGCAAGGUGGCCUGCAAGAACUUCACCUCAGAUUCUCAUGGGAUUGUGCGCUUUACCGUGCCGCCUUUGGGCAGGAGGGCGGAAGAAGCCUACGUCGAGGCAAUUGCGGUGGACUACCCUAUGAUCGCUGUGCCUUAUGGCCCAACUCUUCGGAAACCGUCAGCUAUUUUGAGUUUGAGGGUCUACUACUCUCGCCACGGCCAGUCCAUCAAGAUUCAGACCACCGACGUAGGCACAUUGCCCGUUCAAUCUCAAUACCAAGCACUUGUCGUGCUCACCGCUGUACCAGGUUACAUGUACAACUUCUAUUUCUUGGUUAUCGUGGGUUCAAGGAUCAUUAAGACUGAAGUGGUUUCGAAGACCUUCACACCGGCCGACCUGUAUACUGAACCAGUAGAUGACACAUACGUUCUCAAUGGUGCACCACCCCCUGGAUGUAAAGGGCCUGUGAUUGGACUGCCAGAGCAGGACAGGAUGAACGUUGCAAAUUUCACGUACACAGUUUCUGCCCUAUCCGAUGCGAGUCCCAAUCUGAAGAUACUUGUCUUCUACGUUCUACGAGGUUCUGCUCAUGUUCCCGAUGAGAUAAUUUCUGAUUUGGCUGAGUUCCAAUUUGCUCACAUGGUUACGCUCGAUUUCCAGCCAGACCAAGCAGCACCCGGAAGUAAUGUCAGCGUUAUUCUUACUGCAACCGGUAACUCGCUGUGCGGUGUUGGAGCUGUGGACAAAGGUGUUACUUUGCUCCCAGGUUACGAAGAUAGGAAUUCCAGGCGAAGUAUUAUCGACCGUCUGAGGUAUCUGAACUUCAGGUUCUACAGCACCUAUCUCGUUAACCAAACUUACUGCUACAACGGUUCCUUACGAUACCAGGAAGGCUAUGAAGGCUGUGGUAACAGCCGCUCAAAGCGCUCCCUGCAGUAUCCUGAAGAUGUUGUUUCUUAUGAUUCGCUAUCGGCUUUUGAGGAUGCUGCUGUGGUCGUGUUCACUAACAUUCGCCUCCAAACUCGACCUUGUCCGAACCGUGCUUUCCCUGGAUAUCCCCUCCCGCAGAUCGCUCAGUAUGAUUACUACUACUACUACUACGAUAGAGGUUAUCCCGUAUACGACCGAGGCCUAUCAGCUGAAUCAGCUGGACAGGGUGGAGCUGGCGCUGCUUCUGUAGCUCCACCAUCUGCAGCUCCACUAUCUGCAGCACCACCAUCUGCAGCUCCACCAUCAGUUGGAGCUGAGUCGGUGGAAGGGCAGGACACCGUUCGAGACUUCUUUCCCGAAACUUGGCUAUGGCAGAUCGAGCGAGUAGGUCUGGAUGGCAAGGUCGUCUUCACAGAGACACUACCUGACACAAUCGCUACUUGGCAAGGCAUGGCACUCUGCGUUCAUCCCACGGCUGGCUUCGGCAUAUCUAACCUGGCCAACGUCACAGCAUUCCAACCACUGUUCGUAACUCUCACCCUACCACUGAACCUAAUACGUGGAGAAUCUGCAACGGUUACUCUGACGGUCUUCAGCUUCAUCAAGGAAUGCGUUGCAGUAAGAGUAAACCUGGUCGGCCUCGCGAACGUGAAUGUAGACUUCGUUCCCUGUUUCCCAUACGCGCUGCUCUGUGGGGGAUCGGACUCCAUGUCGUUCACGUACAACGUCACCGCAACUCACGUUGGAGUCGGGAACCUGUCCGCGGAAGCAGAAUCAAGACCCGAAUAUGCUUCGCAGUUCCCUGAUGCCGACGUGUUCCCGCUCAAUGCCAGUGACACAGUUAUCAAGUCUAUUGAUAUCAAGCCUGAAGGAUACCCAGUUCAAGUCGUCCAAACCUACCUCAUAUGCGCUCAGGAUAACACAGGGCUGAUGAUCCCGCUAGCAAAUCCUCCAGACCUUGUGGAAGGGUCUCGCCAGGUCCUCGUUGUUGCAACAGGUGACUUGCUUGCUAUCACCGUCAACAACUUGGCCAGUGCUCCCUUUUUUACAUACUACUAUGACAUCGAAGAAGCGUUGUCGUUUUUGACGAGCACUGUCUACUUGUACAAGUAUCUGCAGGCUACGGGACAGCUGUCACCUACUCUCAAAAGUCAACUCGAAUCAAAUAUUAUGGAAGCGUACAACUUCCAAGAGGCAUUCAGGGCUCCCGACGGCUCCUACCCGUCAUCCUCCUACAGCACUGCUGUUUUUGUAACCGCAUUCGCUGUUCAGGCCCUAACAGAAGCCUCGACUGUCGUCGGUGAUACGAGCGCCCAGGUUGAUGACAGUGUUCAGUACUUGCUUCCCCUCCAAGAUGCCGUUAGCGGAUGCUUCAAUGACACUGAGUAUCAAUAUUACUAUCCCAUCAGGCGUCCAUCCGACCUGAGCCUCUUCAUCGGCAUUUCUUUGCUGACGGCGGGAUAUCAGAAUGAAAACGUUUACGGCCAGAUUAUCAACUGCACGAAUGCCGAAAACUUCCCCAGCAAUCGUACGCAGGCCUUGUACGCUUACUUCUUGGCCAGGCUUGGUCAGACUGGGGAAGCAUCCACCUUGAUAGACAAUCUCCUGGCCAGUGCUGACACCUCGGGUGGUUACACUUCCUGGAGUGAUCCUAGUGUGUUUGAUCUUCAACUGGAUACAGCAGGCUAUGUCAUCCUAACAAUGGUUCUCUUGGGACGCAACUUGGGACCUGCUCAGCCAAUAGCACGUUACCUGUCUCAAUAUAUUGACCUGAACUACUACUACUCGUUGUCACAGCCCUACACCGUGGGAGUGCAAGCACUUUCAGAGUACUCAAAAGCUGUGUACACGCCAGAUGUCUCGCUAGUUGUUACCGUAACUGGUACCAACGGUGCGGGCAGUUCUCCUGAGGUACUCACGUUCAACAUCACAAAUGCCAAUAGACUUGUCUACCAGCAACGGCUAUUGGAAAAUCCAAACGUAACUAACCUUACUGUUACCAUUAGCCCAUGCAGUACAGGAUGUGCUCUUGUUCAGGCACAGUUGUUCUACAGUGUGUUGAACUCCCCAGCGACUCGUGGCCUUCAAAUAAAUACUACUGCCAUGUCAACGCCAGAUUGUUUGUCUGUGGACCUCAGCAUAUGUAUACGGUACACUCUGGGCUCCUUGCAGAGACCAGCCAUCGUGGACAUUACUCUGUUGUCGGGUUACGAAGUCGUUGAAACGUCACUUCAGGAGCUUCAAGCUAAUGGAGUGAUACAGAGCUUCAGGACUACUGGCAAUAGGGUCCUCCUCUUGAUUCGACAGGUGAGCCGGAAACCAACCUGCUUCACCCUCCGAAUGACCACAUUUUAUACAGUGAAGGGCUUACAACCUGCACCAGUAUUGGUUUAUGAGUACUACAAUAGUGGUAACAGAGCCACUGCCCUGUACAGUCCUGGAACCGAAUGCGUUCCUGUUCCGGUAACUAAUUCAUCUCUGCCGGAGCUAACCGAUGGAGACGAAAUUAUCUACCAAUGACCAUCUUACCUGAAUACUUUCUACCAACUACUUUAAAAUUGAUAGGCAGUGCUGGAAAAUCAGCGUGUUGAUACGGGAUUAUGUGUACUAGAAGACAAGGAAAGGAGUCUUUUAUUUUUAUUCAUAUUUUAUUGUCAUUAUUUAAUAGUUAUGAGUGUACAGCACGUGCUUUCUCCCAGGUCAUUUUAAUGUGUUAUGUACAGUGACCAGUGUCAUUCGGGGGCACCUCUAUGCACUUCGAAUAGCCCAAGAAGAAAGCUGUUUGACCAGCCGCUUUAGCCUCUACGUUUAUGAAACAGCGUAACGGCACCUACGUGUGAGAUCCGGCUUUAAAUAAAUUGAGAUGCAUGUAAACUGUGUUUUAUUUGUUUGUUACGCUUGUGCAGAGUGCACUAUUAAAAACUAUCUGGAAUAAACGAAGCUGUCUGAAAGGUUA